AUGCCGACCUAUCGCGUCCAGGACGCCAGGGCGCCUCCGGAAAACCAAGAGUUUGUGCGGAUUCCCCGGCGACGCGACGUGUUCUUGGAGACGCUGGCUCUUUCAGUGACGACGGUUCUACUGGUGGUAAACGGAGUCUUCAGUCUUUUUAGCUGGUGGGGGGACUCGGCGUCUCUCGGGAUGGGCCGCAGCGGGACUCGCGAAUCGCUUACGCAGCGAUUCAGCGUCACUCCGUUCGCUCCCGCGUCUUGGACGUACGCCGCGUGGAGCGUCGUGUUUGCGUCGCAGUUUGCGGUGUUGGGACACGCGUGGAGCUACGCCUGUCGCCAGAAAGUCGAGCGCGCAUCUUCUCCGCUCCUCUACCCCGUUCUGUGCCUUGCAUAUCUCGUCAAUGUUGGCUACGUGUACGCAGUCGGUCACUCGGCCGCGGAGCUCUCACUGGCGCUGAUUUCCGUGGAGGCGCUCGCUUCCUGCGUCUGCGUCGCCGUCGUAGCGGUGUCGCUUCGCUGGAAGGAGACGGGUUUAGCGGACCUGGGCCCGUUCGAUAAAUGGUACACGCGUCUGAUCUCGCUGAAUGCCCUGUCGCUCUCGGCGGCGUGGACUCUAACCUGCGUUCUCUUCCACAUCUCUUCAGUGCUAAGCGAAGACAGCAAUCUUCACGAGGAGACAAUCGCCACUUGUCUCCUUUCGCUGCUGGGAGCCGCCACCGUCAGCUAUUUUCUACUGGAGGCUACAAUCCUGGAUCGCUACCUGAGAUUCGUGUACAUCGUUUGCCCGAUUGUCGUCUGGUGGCUGGGCGGGGUGUUGGCGCGGCAAUGGGACUGGUGA